AUGACUGCAGGCGUCCGCCAUAAUGUUUCCUUCGAAACGAAUAAUAUAGUUCUUAUUGCUCUUGUAGCAAUUCUCUAUUCGCUAUUCAAAAUGGCGACCGUGUGGCGAUCACAGUGCGCGUUUGCGCGACUUUUUGCUGGAAAAACUGGACAAAUCCUGAACAACGCGACUGAUUUGGGUGCAAGACUUGGUCCGGGAUCACAAUCGGCAAUAUUAUCAAGAAAGUACUCGAACUACGCGCAUUCGCCUUUUGUGACUAGGAUCAAAGAGCAAUAUGACUACGAAAUCGUGAAGAAUCCCCCCGAGUGGGAGUACGUGCAGAGACUGCUGCCCAUGGACACCAUCCCUGCUGUCACACCCAAGGACCACUAUCCCUCGGGCUGGAUCCCGCCUAAGGAAGAAGCUAAAAAUCUCCCAUACUUCAUAGCUAGAACAAAAAACCAUGAAAUACCAAUUUAUUUAGAAAUCACUUAUAGAGGCAUCCGUAAAAUAACAAUGGUUAGGCGCAUUGAAGGCGACAUCUGGCUCAUGAACGAUGAAAUUAAAAGCUUUUUGAAAGAAAAAAAUGGUAGAUAUGUAGAAACGCGUGUUCACGAAGUCGGUAGAUUUAUAGAAGCUAAGGGUGAUUAUGUUAAUGAUCUACGUGAGUGGGCGCAUUCCAAAGGUUUUUAGAUAAAUAUUGUAAACUGUUUUAGUUCAAAUAAAUUGAUUUAGAUAA